AUGGUGACAAGGACAAACAGGGACAUCUUAACUGGGGGUAAGAAGUACCAGCAGAAGCAAGCCAAGAAAUAUGGUGUUGACGAGGUGGUGUUUGACAAAAAGGCCAGGGAGGAGUUCUUGACUGGGUUCCAUAAGCGUAAGGUGGAGCGUCAGAAGAAGGCUCAAGCAUACCACAAGGAACAGGAGAGAAAGGCCAGAAUCGAAGAGAGAAAACAGCAUCGCCAGGACGAGCAAACCAAAUUUGAAGAACAGCUCAAGCAACUCAGAGAACUGCGAGAGGCCCUUGACAUAACUAAAGACAAGGAUGAAGCCACGCCGAAAGGUGAGGCGGAGGAGAGUGACGAGGAAUGGACAGGAUUUGGAGAAGAAGAAGAGGGAAAAGAGGACGGUAAAGACAAUGCUGACGAGGAUACCGAUGAACCAGUCAAGGGUAUCCUACUGAGGAAGGAGGUGUACAAGGUCGAUGACAAGGACGUUUUGGGAGACGCCAUCGUUGAUAAAGAGACCGAGGUUGUCAUUGAAUCUCUCGACAAUCCUUACACUACAGCCAUCACCAGCAGAAGCAUAGAGGCCUUGGCCAAGGCCAACAACGUUAAUUUGGACAAGUCAGACGAGGUUCUCGAGGGCUCUAUCAAGAGAGCGAAGGACUAUGCUAAACUUUGCGGAGUCGAGAAGCCAAAGCAAAAGAAGAAGAAGUUCAGAUACUUGACCAAGGGUGAAAGAAGGGAAAACAACAGGAAGCAGAAGCUCAGCAAGCUCAAGAGCAGAAAGCAUGCCAUGGAGAAGUAA